UUAGCUUCCAAACAACGCCGAAGAAAAAGGAAAAGAGUCAUAUUCGAAGAAAAACACUUUCGUCUUCUCUGCGUCUCCUUUCAGCAGUAAUCAAAUCAUUUUUGACAUCGUCGUCUUGAUCCACCCAUGGCUAACGCGGCGUCGGGAAUGGCAGUCCAUGAUGACUGCAAGCUAAGGUUUCUUGAACUGAAGGCGAAGAGGACGCACCGUUUCAUUGUUUACAAGAUCGAGGAGAAGCAGAAGCAAGUGGUUGUUGAGAAAGUCGGUGAACCUAUCCAAACCUAUGAGGACUUUGCUGCUAGCCUCCCAGCUGAAGAGUGCCGAUACGCGAUUUAUGAUUUCGACUUUGUCACUGCUGAGAAUUGCCAGAAGAGCAAGAUUUUCUUCAUUGCAUGGUGUCCUGAUGUUGCGAAGGUGAGAAGCAAGAUGAUCUACGCGAGCUCUAAGGACAGGUUCAAGCGUGAGCUUGAUGGAAUUCAAGUGGAGCUUCAAGCUACUGAUCCAACUGAGAUGGAUCUUGAUGUUUUCAAAAGCCGUGUCAACUAAAACAAUAUUAUGUCUCUCUAUUUGAAUAAGCUUCUUUGGCUCUUUACAGUUUCUUGUGACUGUUAUAAAAACAUAACGCUCUUCAUCCUAUCUUAUCUCGUCUGUCUUCUGUGUCUUUGUUACCCAACAAUGUUUCAUCUUUAUUGAAAAUUAUCUCAAUGUUUGUGCUGUG